AUGACGUUUAUCCUUUUGAACUGUACAAAUAUUUACAAUCGUGUAUUGAUUGAGAAAAUAGUUCUUUAUAAUAACUCUGAAAUGCUAGAAUAUUGGGCACAUCCACCUGUUGAUAUAAUAAUAAAAGUCCACGUAUUCAACUACACAAACAUUUUUCAAGUUCUGAAUGGAACCGAGAAGAAAAUUAAACUUGAUGAAGUUGGACCUUACGUAUAUCGUGAACAUAUCGAGAAAACUCAACUUGUGUUUGAAGAUAAUAAAAUAACAUUCAAUGAAAAUCGAUCACACAUCUUUUUACCUGAGUUAUCUGGAAAUUUCCGUGAAGACGAUGUGGUAAUCGUCCCCAAUUUGCCACUCGUCAGUGGAAUUCCCAACGUGAAAUCUCUCGGUUUCUUUGCUGAAAUUGGAUUUAAAACUAUCCUUGCUGCAACCAAGCCGAGAGAGUUUCAUAAUUUGACAAUCUCAAAAUAUUUUAUGGGCUACAACGACGACUUCAUGAAUGUAAUAAGUAAAAUUAAAUGGGACUUUAAUCCGAAUGACGUAGGAAUUUUGGCUCCAAGAAGAGGUAUGACUAAGAAAAAUAUCACAGUUUUCUCUGGGACAACAGAUGUUAAUACUGUUGGUGAAACAUUUGCACUUGGUGGUAAAACAAUGCUUGACGUUUGGAAAACAAAAGACUGUAAUAAAGUUGGGGGAAGUGAUGGUGUAAUUUAUGGUCCAAAAUCUGUUCAAAACAAAGAGAAUUUGCAAGUUUAUCUCCCUGAGUUUUGUCGUUCAUUACCUUUGGUUUUUAAUAAGGAAGAAAGAACCGAAGAAGGUUACAGGGCAUAUCGCUACAUUGCACCACAGGGUUCAUUUUCAACUUCUAAACCUCACCUUGAAAAUGAAUUCUAUUGCGAGUUAAAGAAUACAAAAGAAAAGCAAAUUGACGGAGUCUUAGAUGUGUCUGGUUGUAUUGAUGGAACUCCUCCUAUAUUUAUUUCCCAUCCACACUUCAUGGAAGGCAGUGAAGAACUUUUUUCUAAUUUUGAAGACUUUCAGUCCCUUUACAUGGAAUAUCAAGGAUGCAAUUAA